AUGCUGCUUCAUAAAUCCUCUUUCUCCCUCAAACCCUCAUCUCUUCCUCUCUCACACCUCUCUCUCACAUUCAAUCCCAAGUCGUUUGCGGCUCGGUUUGUGGGCCAAGCGGUUGCUAUAGCGGGUGACAGCACCGGACAGUACCUUUACCAAUCACUGCGAUGCCGCAUUAGCCAACACUACACUACAGAGGACUGGGAUCCGAAACUAGCUGGGUGGACGGGCCAGGGCUUUAAGGUGAAGCUGCUGGGCACACGAGUCAUUCUGGUGGACACUCCCUUCCUCAUGGAGGCAUGGCCGGAUGUGGAGGUGAGAAUUGCUGCUGUGGAGCAUGCAUGCCACAUGGCAUGUGGGCAUGCUCCGUUCCUCAUGGAGGCAUGGCCGGAUGUGGAGGUGAGCGUUGCAGGACGUUCCUAUGGAAUGAGCGUUGCUAUGGUGCGGCGUGAUGGGUAUGGAGCACUGCAGCACGGUGAGUCCAAGUCCUCUCACCUCUGGCACAUGCAACUGGGCACAAUCAACCUCAAGAUCCUCGAGAUGCUGUCCAAUAUCCCCCAGCUUAAAGCCUCUCCUCCUCUCUUCUCUUCUAUUGCUCUCUCUCUCUCUCUCUCUCUCUCUCUCUCUCUCUCUCUCUCUCUCUCUCUCUCUCUCUCUCUCUCUCUCUCUCUCUCUCUCUCUCUCUCUCUCUACUCCUCCCGUCCCUCAGGGCGAAUCUAA